AUGGCAAAUGUUCCAGCUCAUGAAGGGUUGGAGGUAUACCCUGUCGACAACGCCGCGAAUGCACCAGAGCUCAACCCUCAUGCUCUUCCAUAUCAAGGCUCCAAAGAUCCAAUUUCGGGAUAUAAUCAUAUUGUCGAACCACAGAAGAGACCUUUUGGUUUGAGCUUGUGGAGUCUUUGCACAGUUGUCGCUGUUAUCACUGCUCUGAUCGUUGGGGCUGGUCUUGGAGGUGGUCUUGGAGCAGCCUUGGCUGAGUGUAAGAGCUCCAACGAACACAACUCUUCAUCAGCCCAAGCUGUAUCCUCCGCAUGCCCGACAAAUACCGCAAGCGAGAGUAAAGAAACAAGCAGCCCGAAGUUCUACAAGCCUGAAUCACCAGACCAAGUCGCAAACCUGACCCUUCCCGAUGCAUGUUCCAAAGAAGACGGCAGAGACGAUUUCACCACCACCAACGGCUACGUCUUCACAUUUACCUGCGGAUGGGAUUUUCCAGGGAACGACAUUGCGCCUCUAAUAGCAUAUACUGCAUACGACUGCAUGUCCGCCUGUGCGAUGUAUACAGAGGUCAAUUCCGGCCGAGAGAAUGUGACGCUCUGCGAUAGUAUCUCUUUUAUCCAGGAAAUGUCCACUGCUAUCGAAGCGCAUGGAGCUAACUGUUGGCUGAAAAGCGGGACAAGAGAUCGUUUUCCCAAGAAUGAACGAUUACCACAGUUUCUGUACGCGAAGAGGAAUACCUAA